AUGGUACUACUCACACUACUCGUGCUACUUGGGCAUGUCAGCCCCCUGUGGGUCUGCCUGCCUCUGUCCCUCCGCCCCUCCCUCCCUGGCCCACUUUCCUUCCCAGUGGCUCAGUCCGUGUGCCCACGCCUUCCCUCCCCUGAGCGGCUGGGGCUCUGGAUAGAAGUGCGAGCCCAGAGGCUAGGGAGCAGUCCAGGGAGGAGUCCAGGGAGCGCUAGCCCAGAGUCCAGGGAGGAAUCCAGGGAGCCGGGCCCAGACGCAAGGGAGGAGUCCAAGGAGCACGGUCCGGAGUCCAGAGAGCAGGCCAGGAGUCCAGGGAGGAGUCCAGGGAGCACGGGCCCGGAGUCCAGGGAGCGGGGGUCCGGCUUGGGUCGGCGCCGGCCCAGACCCCCCCCUUCCCCGCCCUACCCCAGCAGCAGUCAUACCGCAGACAGGCCCCACGGGGUGUCGGCGGACCACACGCGGCCUGAGAACGGGGACCGCCGCGGGCCGGAGGCGAAGCGUGUCCUGGAGCGCGGAGGGGUCUGGGUCCCGGAGCCUGGGUCCCCGAAGAGGUCGCCAGGAGCGGACGGGGGGACUGGCAGGCCCGCAGCGCGCAGCGCCCGCCCGGCCCAGGGGCCCCGGCCAUGCGCCCAGUGCGGGAAGAGCUUCCGCGGCCGCUCGGACCUCGUCCUGCACCAGCGCGUGCACUCCGGGGAGAGGCCGCACGCGUGCGCCCAGUGCGGGAAGGCCUUCAGGACCGGCGGACAGCUGGCGGCGCACCUGCUCACGCACACCGGCCAGAAGCCUUUCGGCUGCGCGCAGUGCGGGAAGGCCUUCGGCAGCAGGGCGGCCGCGUGCCGGCACAGGAGGGAGCACGGCGGGGACAGGCCGCACGCGUGCGCGCAGUGCGGGAAGGCCUUCGGCAGCAGGGGCCGCCUGCGCCGGCACGGGCUGGUCCACAGCGCGGAGCGGCCGCACCGGUGCGGCGUGUGCGGGAAGGCCUUCGGCCUCAAGCACUGCCUGACCGCGCACGGCCGGACCCACACCGGGGAGAGGCCGUUCGGCUGCGCGCAGUGCGGCCGCGCCUUCCGCGGGAGCUCCGACCUGGCCAAGCACGCGCGCGUGCACUCAGCUGAGCGCCCGUAUACAUGCGGCCAGUGCGGCCGGGCCUUCCGCCGCCGCUCGGACCUCCGCAAGCACGCGGGGGUGCACGCGCGCGCGGGGCCGGCCGGGUCCCGGGGGGCCCCCGCCCCGGAGAAGCCCUUCCGGUGCGGCGAGUGCGGCAGGGCCUUCCGGCACGAGUGCCGGCGCCGCGCCCACGAGCGGGGACACCGCGGGGACAGGCCGUACCCGUGCGGGCUGUGCGGAAAGGCCUUCCAGGACCGGCACUGCCUCACCGUGCACCAGCGGGUCCACACCGGGGAGAAGCCGUUCGCCUGCCCCCAGUGCGGGAAGGCCUUCAGCGGCAAGUCCAACCUGACCGCCCACCAGCGGGUCCACACCGGGGAGAAGCCGUUCGCCUGCGACGUGUGCGGGAAGGCCUUCCCCCAGAGCUCCGUGCUCACCCAGCACAGGCGGAUCCACACGGGCGAGAGGCCCUACCCCUGCAGCCAGUGCGGCCUAGCUUUCCGCCAGCGCGCGGCCCUGCUCGGGCACCAGCGCGUCCACACCGGCGAGAGGCCCUACGAGUGCGAGCAGUGUGGGAAAGCGUUCCGGGUGAGCGCCAAUCUGACCGGACACAAGAAAAGAAUCCACCCGGCGCGCAGAACCCACGAGCUGGACGGCACCUUGGGGGCAGCCCUCGCCCCAGGAUCGGCCUCGCAGACCCUGUCGGUCGUCGGGGACUGA